GUUCUUCUACUCUUUCACAGAACAGAGUAGUCAUUGCAUCUUCUCUGAGAAGCCAACAUUAUGAAAAAGUAAACUUGCUGAGAAAGAAGAAGAAGAUUAAGAAUAAGAAGAAGAAGAGUAAGAAGAAGAAGAAGAUCCGGAGAAAGUCUUGUUGCUUCUUUAUCAAGCCAUCUCUUUCUCUUUCUCGUUCCAAAUCUUUUUUCUUUUCUCUUUUUUUUUUUUUUAUUUGAUGCUGAGAGUUCCGCCAUUAAAGCUUUCACGCCAGUUCCCACGAGAAAUUAUCAACCUUCUAUUUCUCCUCCUCGCUUUUUCUCACGGGAAGAAAACCCAUCACCCAUAAAGCUCACUCACUCUUUUCCUAUAUAUACUCUGUUGAUUCCUCUUUUUAUCAUCACUAUACCUUCCAUUUCUUCGAUGAUGGGGAACUUGAAGAGAAGGACGAUGAUGCUUCCGUACAUUUUAUUUACAGUCUAUCUUCUUCAAUGUAAAUUCCUUGUACUUGCGAUUCUCGACCCGGUUGAUUUCUUGGCUCUGCAAUCGAUCCGGAAGUCGUUAAAUGACUUGCCGGGCUCCAAUUUCUUUGCUUCCUGGGACUUCACAUCGGAUCCGUGCAACUUCGCCGGAGUCUACUGCGACGGCGAUAGGGUGCUCGCGCUCAAUCUGGGUGAUCCAAGAGCUGGCUCCGCCGGGUUGAUAGGUCGGCUGGAUCCUGCGAUCGGGAAAUUAUCCGCAUUAGCAGAGUUUUCAAUAGUCCCUGGCCGGGUCUUCGGGUAUCUGCCGCAAUCGCUAUCAGAAUUGAAGAAUCUCCGGUUUCUGGCUAUAAGCCGGAAUUACCUCACCGGUCAGAUUCCGGCGGGUCUGGACCAGCUCCGCAGUCUCAGGACACUCGACCUCAGCUACAAUCAGCUCAGCGGAUGGAUUCCUCCAUCAAUCGGAUCCUUACCGGAGCUAUCCAACGUUAUUCUCUGCCACAAUCAUUUCACUGGUUCGGUUCCUCGGUUUAUCUCUCAGUCACUGACCCGUCUCGACCUCAAACGCAACAACCUCUCCGGUUCACUCUCUCCCUUUUCCCUUCCCUCGUCUAUCCAGUACCUAUCUCUGUCCUGGAACCGGCUCAGCGGCCCCGUGGACCGGCUCCUAAGCCGACUCGACCACCUGAACUUCCUCGACUUGAGUUUAAACCAGUUCACCGGCCCAAUCCCCGGUCGGAUCUUCACGUUUCCGAUCACCAACCUUCAGCUGGAGAGAAACCUCUUUUCGGGUCCAGUUGAACCGAUUGACCAAGUGACAAUAUCGACCGUUGAUAUCAGCCACAACCGGUUGUACGGUGAAAUCUCGCCGAGGUUCUCGACGGUUCAGAAUCUCUACCUGAAUAACAACCGGUUCACGGGUCAGGUUCCGGCGAGCUUUGUUGACAAGUUGUUGGCAGCGAGUAUACAGAUACUGUACUUGCAGCAUAACUAUCUGACAGGGAUCGAGAUUAAUCCGACGGCGGAUAUCCCGGUGAGCAGCUCCCUUUGCCUGCAGUAUAACUGCAUGGUGCCGCCCGUACAGACACCGUGCCCUUUGAAAGCGGGCAAUGAGAAGACAAGGCCGACGGCGCAGUGCGUUGAGUGGAAGGGGUAAAAUCGGAAAUUCAAGAUAUUUCUAGGGGCAUAUUUGGA